AUGGCGCACGCCGCCCAUCCAGAAGACAUAAUUGCGGAGUUGACUUCCAAGGUUGAAAGAAUAUUUCACGAAGUAGGCACUCCGCUUCCUUUAGAGGAAGGUGAAUCUGCGCGAUCGUUCACUCAAAAUCAUGUAUUGUGGAAUAGUGAGGGAGGAGAUACUCUUCAAAAAAUCUUCUCUGAUUAUACGGAAGCCGGGGACGCAAGUGAAUUCAUCGCAAUAGCCACCAAUCUGGCGAAGUGGUUUCGCCGCGCCGAGCUCGGUGAACCGGAUUCUCCUGACCCCGAUGCGCCUUUGGAAGAGCAGGAGGAUCAUUCCACGGGAUCCCCUGAAAGCACAAAAGCAAAUGAUGGGGCGAACAAGGCAGGCCCGUCUUCUUCGCAGAAGCAUAAAAGGUGGGAUGAUGAUUCGGGGUCCGAAGAUGAUGAUUCAGGGGGCCCCGGGGAAUCUCCAGAUCCAGUGGAAAUCAUUUACAGAGGGGAUGCACAAGGGUACAACUGGGAGGGGAAUUAG